ACACGCUUAAUCAUACGUAACUUAAUUUCGUAACCAAAACUGCCGUUAAAACGGAUAAAUAUGCGACAUGACAACACAUGAAUACAACAUCUUCAGUGCAUCUUAAAUUGCGAAAAUAAUCAAUGAAACUUAACGCGAAUAUCUUGCUCGCUAAUCACCAUAGACCGCGAACCGAGCUGUUAAUGAUAUGCUAUCACAAUUGCGAUGAUAAAUAUGAUAAUAGGCCGCUAGCUCGAUUGUUUAAUUAAUGCUCUAUAAAUUAGUGACAAUCAUAGAUAGGUCUGUGAUUUAAAGUGAUGUUUAUGUUGAUUGGGGUCGCGAUGUCGCUCUGGCGCGUGUAGCUAUACAACACAGCUACCUACAUCUGUAGAUGGUGUUCGGAGGACGAGGAGCGGCUGGUGCGAGACCUGUUCCGAGGCUACAACAAGCUCAUCAGACCCGUCCAGAACAUGACACAGAAGGUCGACGUCCGCUUCGGACUCGCCUUCGUCCAGCUCAUUAAUGUUAACGAAAAGAACCAAAUCAUGAAAUCCAACGUAUGGCUUCGGCUGGUCUGGAUGGACUACCAGCUCAUGUGGGACGAGGCUGACUACGGCGGCAUCGGCGUCCUUCGACUACCGCCCGACAAGGUGUGGAAGCCUGACAUCGUACUUUUCAACAACGCCGACGGAAACUAUGAAGUGCGGUACAAAUCCAACGUUCUGAUUUAUCCCAAUGGAGAAGUGCUGUGGGUUCCGCCAGCUAUUUAUCAGAGUUCUUGCACCAUUGACGUCACAUACUUCCCAUUCGAUCAGCAAACCUGCAUCAUGAAAUUCGGAUCUUGGACCUUCAACGGCGACCAAGUAUCUCUGGCCCUUUACAAUAACAAGAACUUUGUGGACCUGUCAGACUACUGGAAGUCGGGAACCUGGGACAUCAUCGAAGUACCGGCGUAUCUCAACAUUUAUGAAGGAAACCAUCCUACAGAGACAGACAUCACAUUUUACAUAAUCAUUCGAAGGAAGACACUGUUCUACACUGUCAACUUGAUCCUGCCUACAGUUCUUAUUUCGUUCCUCUGCGUUUUGGUGUUCUAUCUGCCUGCUGAAGCUGGAGAAAAGGUGACCCUCGGCAUCAGUAUCCUGCUGUCACUGGUUGUGUUUCUGCUGCUGGUGUCGAAGAUUCUGCCGCCCACGUCGCUGGUGCUGCCGCUCAUAGCCAAGUACCUGCUGUUCACCUUCAUCAUGAACACCGUCAGUAUCCUCGUCACCGUUAUCAUCAUCAACUGGAACUUCAGAGGCCCUCGGACGCACAGGAUGCCGCUGUGGAUCCGCAGCGUGUUCCUGCACUACCUGCCCGCGGCCCUGCUGAUGCGGCGGCCUCGCAAGACGCGCCUGCGCUGGAUGAUGGAGAUGCCGGGCAUGGGCGCGCCGCCGCACACCGCCGCCACGCACGACCUGCCAAAACACAUCAGUGCGAUUGGCGCUCAAAGCAAAAUGGAGGCGAUGGAGCUGUCGGAUCUCCAUCACCCGAAUUGCAAGAUCAACCGGGCUGGUGCGGGCGGCGGGGGCGAGGUGGGAGCAUUGGGCGGGCUGGGCGCGCUGGGCGGGCUGGGGCUGGGCGGAGAGCGCCGCGAGUCCGAGAGCUCGGACUCCUUGUUGCUGUCCCCCGAGGCGGCCAAGGCUACUGAAGCCGUCGAGUUUAUCGCUGAACAUUUGCGCAACGAAGAUUUAUACAUUCAGACUCGCGAGGACUGGAAAUACGUGGCCAUGGUAAUAGACAGACUGCAAUUAUAUAUCUUCUUUAUAGUCACCACUGCUGGGACGGUCGGGAUCCUGAUGGAUGCUCCUCAUAUAUUCGAGUAUGUAGACCAGGAUCGUAUCAUUGAAAUAUAUCGCGGAAAGUAAGAUUAAUAUGCAGGCAACUAAUUUUAACAAUAUU